AUGGCUUUCGAACUGGACGCUGCGCAAAUGGCGGACCCUUUCCUCUGGAUUGAUGAGGAGAGCGACGUGUGGACGCUGUUCUUCGAAACCAAGAGCAACAGAGACAUGCAAGGCGAUAUUGGCGUCGCGGAGUCGCGAGAUGGCGGAGCCAGCUGGCGAUAUCUGGGCAUUGCCCUGGAUGAGGCGUGGCACCUGUCCUACCCCCACGUCUUCAGCUGGGAGGGCCAGAUGUACAUGGUUCCGGAAGGGUACCAGAGCGGCGCGCUGCGGGUCUACAUCGCGGAGGAGUUCCCCCUGAAGUGGAGGUUCCUUGCCAAGCUGCAUCCCCAGCCCCUCAUCGACGCGAGCAUCGUGGAGUUUGAGGGCCGGUGGUGGCUCUUUGCCACCGACGCAUCGGCGUCGGGUUCCUCACGCUGCCGCAUGCUGAGCCUCUGGCAUGCGAGCAGCCCCCUGGGACCCUGGUUGGCCCACGCUGCCAGCCCCGUGAUGUCUGGGGAUGCAGCCGCCGGCGCUCGCAGCGGGGGCCGGGUGGUGGCCGUCGAUGGGAAGCUGGUCCGGUUCGGACAGGACUGCGCUGGCGGCUACGGCCAAGGGCUGGUAGCAUAUCGCGUGGAUGUGCUGACGCCGACGGAGUUCCGCCAGACCCGCGUCCCACUGGAGUUUGGCGCCGCCGGCAAGCAUGGCAUGCGGGCGUGGAACGGCGCUCGGCACCACCACCUGGACGCGCACCAGGUCUGCUGGUGGGCGGGGUGUUCUGUCCCUGGAUGGGAAUGGGUAGGGUCUCAGGGGUCGAGAGCUGAGCACAUGGAUGUGUCCAGGACUGCGGUGAGGGUCACGGCGAACGCGUCCCAUUGGUCAACAUGGAAGGAGCACUCCGCAGGGAAACACAUCCCUUCCGCUGCAUCGCCCCCUGCGCAGCUGCGGGACGGCAGCUGGGUGGCGGUCAUGGACGGCGACUGGCAGGCGUCCGGGGCGCUGAGCUGGCGCAUGAAGCGCGACGCCCUCCUGCUCCUCGCGCUGUGGGCCGGGGCGGCCGCGUCGGCGCUGGGCGGCCGGCGCGUGGCGGCGCUGGUGCCCGCCCUGCCCUGCGCCGGCGGACCCCGCGAGCGGCGCCGCAAGCUGCCCCGCGCGCGCGCCCCCGGCGCCUGCGCCGGCGGGGGCGCCUCGCGCCGCGCGUCCGCCCUCCUCCGCCGGCUCGGGCCCCGGGCGCGGAUCGCGCUGGCCGCCGGCGUGGCGGCGGGCUUGGCGACGGCCGCCGCGCUGGGCGCGCUGGGCUGGUACUACGGCACCACGCUGCACGCGCGCGUGGGCGCGGCGCGCGCGCCCCGCGUCGGCGGCCAGGCCAGCGCCUACACCGUCAUGCUGCUGAGCCACGGCCCGCGCGUGCCCACCCUGAAGGUCACCGUCGGCUGGGUCAGCCAGUGCCCCUCGGUGGCCGAGGUGGUGAUCAUCUGGAACUCGGGAAAAACCCCGGACACCAGCGGGUGGGCGGCGCCCGGCGGCGCGCCCGUCCGGCUGCGCCUGUCGCCCCGCAACGAGCUGACCAACCGCUUCCUGCCCGACCCGCUCCUGCGCACGCGCGCGGUGCUGACGCUGGACGACGACAUCCUCUCCACCUGUGCCGAUGUGGAGGCGCUGUUCGCGGCCUGGCGCCGCGACCCAGGCCUGCUGGCGGGGAUGUUCCCGCGCCUGGCCGGCGCGGGGCCGCCCGCGGCCUACGCCGGCGAGCAGGAGGUGUACCGACGGGGCAGGUACAACAUGGUGCUGACGGGGGGGAUGGUGCUGGAUGCCGACCGCAUCUUCCCGCUCUUCAACAGCCCCCAGUAUGCAGAGGAGAGGGCCUACGUGAACAGCGUGACCAACUGCGAGGACCUGCUGGUGAACUUUGUGGUGGCGGAGGUCAACGCGGCGCGCGGCAACGUCUCUGCCUCCAUGCUCAGGCCGCGGCGCCGGCUGGACAUCAGCAAGCUGAUGGGCCAGGGCGUGGGCAUCAGCCGGGACCGGGGCAGCCACCAGGCAAAGCGGGAGGCCUGCGUGGAGCGCUUCGCCCAGCGCCUGGUGAUGCCCGUAGAGCAGGAGGUUCCGGUCUGGGUGGACCGGCCGCCCUGCUUGUCCUGGCUGGGGUGCGUGUACCUGUAG